AUGAUUGAAAGGGAUAGACGAAUAACCACUGAAUCAAUAGCAGAUACAUUCAACAUCUCUGUGCACACAAUUCUGGUGCAGAGUUUGGGGGUAUGCAAGCUUUCCGCUCGAUGGGUCCCAAGGCUGUUGCGCCCAAAUCAGCAGCAAACAAGGGUAGAUCUUUCAAUGGAAAUUUUGAACCAGUGGGAUGAAGACUCUGUGAUAAGGGAUGAAACUUGGCUCUACCAGUGUGAUCCCCAGGACAAAAUUCAAUCUAAAUCACAUGACCCACAGUUUCACUCAGACGGACUCAAAGGCUGGUAUCAACGUUUGCAGAAGUGCAUUGGUCUUAAUGGAGCAUAUGUUGAAAAAUAA